GUGAACGGACGUACGUAGCGUGUGCUCCAUCAUAGCAGCGUCAAUCUUCGCAGAUCGUGAGGUGUGUGCGUAUGUGACUUCAGCGUUAUCAUUUAUGAUAAAGUGCUGUAACGAAUAGUGUGAAUUAUUUAUAUAUCUCUGGGUCCAUUGUUUGGGCAGCCAAUAACCAAUUCGAACCACUAACAAGGUCUGUUUCGUGUCCGUUACAACUCCACACCAGAGUCGGUGCUGCUUGCUCUCUAGCAAACAACGACAACAACACCCCAACAAGGCGAACCAACAUUCCGGUACAAAAUGGCGCUCAACUGUGGACAUUCGACGAUAAAGUAUCUGCUUUUCAUCUUUAACCUGCUGUGCUCGCUGUGCGGUAUUGCGCUGAUCGUGAUCGGUGCCGUAUCGUUGGUAAAACUAGAGGAACUGCGCGAGAUCAGCGAUGAGUACAACAUCGUCGCACCGUCCAUCCUGCUGAUCGUCUUCGGCUCGAUCGUGUUUGUGAUCUCAUUCUUCGGAUGCUGUGGUGCUAUUCGCGAAUCGUACUGCAUGACCUCGACCUAUAGCUUCUUCCUAAUCCUGCUCGUGAUCGCCCAGAUCGUGAUCGCUGUGUUGGUAUUUGUGUUCGUCGGUGAUGUGACCACUGCCAUCAAGAAGGGCUUUGAGCGUGUAUUCCAAAACCGCGACAGCCCGGUUAAUGCCGAUUUGAUCAACUCGAUCCAGCAGAACUUGCAAUGCUGCGGCAAGUCAAGCUUCCUGGACUACGGUCUUUCGUUCCCGCAGUCGUGCUGCAGCACCGGUGGAACUGCACCGGCGUGCGUUCCAUUUGCCCGUGGCUGUUUGGGCCGACUGUCCGAGUUCCUGGACAGUGCCGGUAACAUUGUUGCCUGGGUGUCGCUCGGUGUGGCCGCCGUCGAGCUGGUCGGUCUCAUCUCGGCCUGCUGUCUGGCCAACGCUAUCCGCAACCAGCAGAGAAGGUCUGGAUAUUAGAUUGAUCCUCCUGAUCCUUCCUAUCUACCACCCCUCGCCCAACCACGUAUUGUGUUUCACACCCAUAUUCAUCCGGCAUUUCCUCCUCAUCUUUAUCCUUCCACCAAACACAAACCAAAGUUCCAUGGGGAGAUGAGCGCGGAGGGAAUGUGUAUUGGCGCCUGUUAUUCGCGCAUACCCUUUACUCGGUAUUAAUUUGAAACGCGUAUAACCUACUACUAUUACCACCUACUAACAGUGUGUCCUGCAUGUACUGAACAAUCAUUAAGAUAACGAAACGAAAACUAAAACCUCUUCCUAAUAUCUCUACUCUGCCAUCAUGAUUUUUCUUCCUAUCCGGGAAGUGCAAACCAUUUCAUCUAAUGCAUUAUUUUGUGUUUUUAUUUUUUGUCAUGUUCUUCCGUCCCGUUUUUCUUACCAAUAUAGAUACAGCUAAAAAGUGUUCGCUACUAUAUGCUUUUUAGUAGCUUGUUGGGUGGGUGGUGUGUGUCGUCCGUCUUAUUAUAUGGCAGUGCCGGAAGAAGGAAAUGAAACCGCGAAAAUAUGAUGCUUUCUUCAAGUUAGUAACCAGAAUAGGGAGAUAAGUUUGGGAUUUAAGACAAACGGCGGGAACAUUAUGUGUUGUGUGUUUGUUGUGUGUACACCAAUGCACACGAGGACGUUUGUGAUGUCAUUGGGGUUGCGGUUUAAUGUCCUUUAUGCAAAAUCCUAGACAACGGUGCAAUUAAUCGCGCAACAGAGGAACGCAACGAAGGACAACUCUUGAGCACAAUUCAUUCACGCAAUGAAGACAAAUCAGUUAUCGUCUGUUCUUAUUUGUUGCAAAGAACAACAAACACGCGAAUAUCGUCACAAGUGCCGCCCCAAAAGGAAACCUCAUCACCACCACCGACACACCACGUCAGCCAUCACCCAUAGGGACGUCAGAGGAUCAGCGUGGAUCGUUCAAUCUGCCGGUGUGUGUGUGUGUGUGCCACAAGUACGCGAAACUACAAACACACAACUAUACAAAUAUGUUCCCGUGUGUUGGGUGCGUGUAAAUCGUUGAUCCUUCUUGAACUUGCUACUACAUGUUGUAUUUUUUCUAUGUUUGCACAAGAAAGGGCUUUUUCGCUGUUGAUGCUACACAUCACUUGCAAAUCGCAUAUACUUAUCUAUUUUUGGCUUUCUGUUCACAAACGAGAGAGUGUGCCGCAUAUGUAGGUUGCUUAUCAACACCAACUGGUCUAUAUGGUUGCUUUAAAUUCUUUCCGAACUUCGAAUAUUCCCGAGUGUGUACGGUAAUGUGCAAAACAUGUAAUGUAUGUAAUGUGUGGGUCUGUUAGGGCAAGGGAGAAACACACGACCGUUAGCAUGUAAGGCAAAUCUCCAUCCUCAUUGAACUAUAUAUAUGGCAUAACGACAAGGAAAUUCGAACGAAUUCAAAUGAAAUUUACAAAUAACACACGUUAAUGGACCUAUAGCGUUUGCUGUUGAUAGAAAGGGAAAUUUUUCACACAUUUAUAAUGUUUAUAACCAAAAGGAAGAACUUACAAUCGGUUUUUGCAACUGCAAAAGGCAAAGUUUAUAUUAUAAUUUUUGUAUCAAACACAUCUCCAGCUCUUGAACAGAACAAUUCAUGUACUUUCAGUGAAGUAUUUCUCGCCAGGAGAGAGAACUGUUGAAUUUGACCAACAAAAGGCAGUUAAUAAUAUAUACAUAUAUGAAGAAUCUUCUGUCGUUAAAAUAGAGGGUGUGUGUCUGUCUCGUAGAAAAUGUGUGGGAGCAGUUUGUUUUCUAUGGUUUCGGGCAUUAUUUACUUUCA